AUGGCCCUCACUGAGGGUUCAGUAAUUUGUGAUAAUGAUGGUGACUGUGAUGAUGAUGAUGUGAUUGAUUGUGGAAGGAGAAAGGUCUUAGUUACUGAGAAUCUAUUGUCUGAGUUUUGUGAUUGCCGAGAGCAGAGAGAAGGGGUGAAGGUGAAUGUUCACAUCCGCACUUUCAAGGGACUUCGGGGCGUCUGCACAGGCUUCCUCGUUGCAUUUGACAAGUUCUGGAAUAUGGCACUUACUGAUGUGGAUGAGACCUACCGAAAGCCUGUUGUAGGCAAAGCAUAUGAGCGGGAUUCUUCACUGACUCUCACGAGGCUAUUUGAUCGACUAAAACUUCAAGAUUCCUCCAAGAAAGAGGCAGAUUCUAAGUCUGCAGUUGAAGACUCCACUCUGUCCAGAUACUCCCAGACAUCCACUUGGAAGGUAGCCUCAGUGUGGGGAAGAGAAGACACUGACCGGGGCUCACGCAAACAUUCCCGCUCCGUCCCGUCUUCCCUGCAGGCAUCUACAAGGGAGGAGUCCAGGUCAGAGCUGUCAGGGAGGACUAUUCGGACAGAAGGGUCUAGUGUGGGAGGUACCUUUUCCAGAGCUACUACCCUUUCUAGGGGCCAGUCCCGUAAGAAAAAGAGAAAGCCCAAAGUAGAUUACCAACAGGUAUUCACUAGACACAUAAAUCAGAUUUUCAUUCGAGGCGAGAAUGUCCUGCUAGUUCAUCUUGCACAGUGAGCAACUCUGCUUCACUUGAGCUUUAGUAUUUAGAAACAAAAUGCAUGAGUUGCUGCUAUGCUGUAUCCUAGUAUCCCAGUGAAACUCUGAGUUGGAAUGAUCCCCUCUGGUACCGCAUGUGUUGAGGAGAGAACCAGGCUCAGGCUCUCUGGGAGAUGAGCUCCCUGAAGGGGAGAGAGGCCUUGGGAGGGUGGGUUGUUUGCAUUAAUAUCAAAGCAGUAAUAACAGGCUGCAUAUGAGUACACACAUCUGAUUUGGUAUCAUGCUCUACAUCAGACACUCAGACCAAAUAUACGAUCUUCCAUUUGAAUCAGGGGUUAUAGUAUGAAUUAAAUUGACUCUAUGGACUCUUUAGUGUGAAGGAGAAAAACCGCAAAAAGAAUGAUCUCAUUUUAAAGCUAGUACUCUGAAUACUCACGAAUUUGAUUCUAAGAGUAGCAGUAUAAAUUGCCCUGGAACCCUACACCAACAUCUUACAACUGACUGUUGAAUUUUGCUCUCCACCAUUCUCUAUUAAUCAAGAAAUGUAAUCUAUUAUCGUUGGGUAUCUAUAAGAUCUAAGAAAGCUACCAAUUUAUGUAAGGGCAAAAUUUGAAAAGUUGGUAUGCUUAAAGCAGCAGCAAUGAAUGCCCUGUUUUUAUCCCUCUCCUUAUUAUGGAAAGGAAUGUGGGACCUCAGCAGUCUUCCCUUACCAGAGGUGACUUCUGCGAAUGACAUACCAGAUGGAACUAUAAGAUGCUCGUGUGGUGGCUUUUUGUCUUUCUCUCUAACUUCCGUGGCAUAGUGCUAGUGCAUGUACCCUGUGUAUUGCCUCUCUGUGACCUGUCCUAUAAGCUUUAUGGCAAGAGACUGUGACCUUCAAGUCUGUCUUCAAAGAAUGCUGCAUGAACUCUGUAAUAUACAUGCACCAUACAGCUGAGAAUUCCUUUUCCAGGCAGGGCUGGUCUUAUGUAGAAUAUCUUUCAGAAUGGUUUUCAUGAGACAGCAGCAGUAGUUUUAUUCCCUGUGUCAGACCAAAGAGGUUCUUACAAACUAGAGUAGGUGUGUCUGUAAGGGACACUUUACUCACAGCCAGCUUCAGUAGCAGAAAUCCAUAGCACUCUCCAAUACUACUUGAAUCAUGCUAUAUGCUUUCUCAGUCACCAGUGCAGAAUAGGCUACAGACUGUUAGGUAACAUUGAAUUUUUUUGUUUUGUUUUGUUAGUUUAUGUUUUAUUUUAGAUAAUUCAUAUUCAAAUUACAAAUAAGAAAUAGCUAACUAGUUAAAAUGCUUGAAAAGAAAAAUUUCCCCUGCUGUAUUUGUUGUGUAACUUAGAUACCUGGUCCUCUGCUAGAUGGGUCACUGGCUUAUCCUAUAAUGAAAGGAGAGCCUCAGUGUUGGCCCAUCAGACACCUACCUCACAGGAGCACUGAGACAAAGAAUUUUAGGAAGGCAUUUUAAAGUCUCUAAACAUGUUUAGGAACCAUGAGUCAUUUUUACUAACUCUACUUCAUGGUUUGGUUAGAAUGCUUAUGAGCAAGGCAGGUAAUCUCGGUAGGUCUCAUAAGUAUAACCUUGCUGUGAUCAGGAGGCAGCGGUAUCUUCAGGAACUAUUUCCCAUGUUCCAUUCCUUUCUCCUAAAGGACAGUGGGAGUUUCAGAAGAAUAUCUUGAGUAACAUUUCUUUGCUGCUCCUCUACAUCCUAGCCCCUACCCUUUCUGAUCAUUUUUAGAAAGGAUUCCCCUGAAUUUCUCAUCGGUUUGUAUGAUAAUACCAAAGGGAGAAUGAGCAUCUAAAAAUAACACAUCCCUAAAAGGGAAUUUGUAGAAAUUGUUUUGUUUGUUUUUAUUUUAAAAUGCAAUUUAAAUAUGUUUUUUAGAGCCACAGGAGAUGUACUAAAUAUUUAGAGAGGCUCCAGAUCACAAACUUGAACCAUCAUCUUUGGAAUCUGUCAAUCUAAUCUCUUCUAAAUAAUGUAUCUAAAAGUUCAGUUCCCCAAUUAAUAGUUGUCUUGUUUAAUCAUCAGGCACCCCUGCCUCUACCUCUUUACCAGCCUCCCUUGUUUGGCUGUCCUAUCUGUCUGCCCUCUUGCUCCUUCGCUAGAAGCUGUAAUGGAUAUUAGAUUUUUCCAAUAAAGUAGAAAUUUGUAAUCAAAA